ACAAUAAUGACCUACAGUAGGAUUCUAGCAGAAUCCCAUCAAAACCAAACAAUAAAACCAUACAUAUUUAUAGGUAUAUAACAGCAUGCAAAAUGCCACACCUCCUCCACCUCCCAACAGAAAUCCUCCUCAGCAUCUACCACAACACAUCCAACAUUGACGACGUGCUGCACCUGGCGCGAACAUGUCGGCAGAUGCACGCUAUCUUCCACGCGCCGCGGAACCGCGUUGAGAUCUUUCGCUCGGUUAUAGUAUGUCACAACCCCUUCAUUAUAACCAUAUAUCAUCCAUCCUAUCCCCAAAGUAAAUCCUAUAAUAAUAAACCACCUAACUAACCAGACUAGAAAUCCACCCCCCACCACAAAACAGACCACCAAAUAAGCUACCUCCAAGAUCUCCACUCAACCCUAGAAACACUCUACGGCGCCAACAACAACCUAACAAUGGGCUUUCUGCGCCCGUCAGACAAGAUCUUCACCCACGUAGACUCCCUCCUUACCAGCGACAAGUACAUGUCCGACCAAUUCGUCUGGGACACUGUUGCCCGGUGGCACGGGAUGAAAGUUCUUUUUUUCGGGCUGUACUGCGAUGAGUCUGUGCAUGCUUCGUACGUCAACUCGACCCCGCCCAGGGCGCAGUUUAAAGAGUCGAAUCGGUAUAGGGAUCGGCUUGCUGCUGAAGAUCCCUUGGCUCCACCAGCUGGUGUUACUAUCACGAUUGAUAGUGCGGCGCAGGAGAAGCAAGCGUUAUGGCGCGCCUACGAGCGCUUUUACCAAGCCCUAACCCUCCACUGGGCCGUCAUCGAAACGCUCUGCCUAGCACGCGCCGCAUCAUACACCUCCAGCACCGAGCGCAACGCGCGCUUCGAGCACAUCUGGACGCAGUGGACGGAUACGGCCCGACCACUGAAGAUCAAGAUCGACGUGCUGGAAGUAGUCGAGUUCGUGUGGGGAUAUCUCGGACGGAAGGUGUUCCAGGAGAAAGACGUGAUCGUGAAGUGGGUGGGUGGGACGAGUGUGUUUGAUGAAUUCUACGAUGAGGAGGAGCCGGUGGGGACGAACUGGAUGUAUUUUGUGCGGUGUUUGAUGAGGUAUUUGAGGCCGGCGCAUAUACUGGAGUUGCUUUUGGGGGUUGUGUGGAAGGGGGAGGGGAGGGAGGAGAUUGAUAGGGUGGAGUAUUUGAGACGGGUAGGAUUCUUUGAUGAGUCUGCUGGGGUUGUGGAGAGGGAGGAUGAGGAAGAGUCUGAUCCAGAUACGAUGUUUAAUAUUGGGGGAUUGCAGGAGGAUGUUGCGGUUGGUUUGGAGGCAUGGGAGGUGUAUCGGGAUAAGUUGUGGGGAGCGGAGAUGCGGGGGAGGGUGCUGUUUCGGGAGGAGAGUGAGGAGGGUUCAAUCACAAUUUACAAGCCAACCAACAGAGUAGUUACAGUAUCAUAAAUCAUCAACACA